AUGACCAUGUGCAUUAGGGACCCCGUGUCUCGGACACGGCUGAAUCUGCAGGUCUCCAUGGCUGAGUGCCUAGGCAGUGCUUCCCACGGGAUUGCCCAGGUGCGGCAGAGCCACCAGAGCCCGGCAGAAGGACCGGAAUCCCUGGGCAGCGGUUGGUCCUCAGAUUCCCCCUGGACAGUGUUUCUGCCUAGGGAAGGAGGACAGGCCUGCUUUUUAUUUGGACAUCUGCCAAUCUUGUGGAAAAUGCUGAGGAAAGAGGAGUUUGUGCAUGAUCUUUUCCUGGAGUGGGCAGAGAAAUAUGGACCUGUUGUACGGGUUAAUGCCUUUCAUAGAGUCUCAGUAAUGGUUCUGAGUCCUGAAGGAGUGAAGGAGUUCUUGAUGUCACCACAGUACCCAAAGGAUCGGCUGGUGUACAGUCGUGUCUUCAACAUAUUUGGUGAGAGGUUUCUAGGGAAUGGCUUGGUAACUGUGUGCAACCAUGAGCAUUGGCACAAGCAGCGGAAGAUAAUGGAUCCAGCUUUCAGCCGAACCUACCUGAUUGGUCUGAUGGACACUUUUAAUGAAAAAGCAGAGGAGCUGAUGGAGAAGCUAGAGGAAAAGGCAGAUGGAAAAAAAGAGUUUAGCAUGCUGACGAUGAUGAAUCGGGUGACAUUGGAUGUCAUUGCAAAGACGGCUUUUGGCUUGGAAUUAAACGCGCUGAGCAAUGACCAGACGCCUUUCCCGCACGCUGUGACCAUGGUUUUGGAGGGAAUGACCAAGGCGCGCAUCCCCCUCAUGCAGUACAUUCCAGGGAAACGGAAGCUGGUAAAGGAGGUCAGGGAGAGUGUGAGGCUGCUGCGGCGUGUGGGGAAGGAGUGCAUUGACCAGAGGAGAGAGGCCAUCCAGAACGGGAAGGAAGCCACGCUGGAUAUUCUUAUGCAGAUACUGAAAGGAGAUGCUCUGGAGGAAACUAAAGACGAUGAGAGCAUUUUGGACAACAUUAUCACUUUCUUUGUUGCGGGUCAUGAAACCACUGCCAAUCAGUUGUCAUUUACAGUAAUGGCACUGGCUCAGCAUCCUGAAAUACUGGGAAGGCUUCAGGCCGAAGUGGAUGAAGUUCUUGGUGCCAAGAGAGACAUUGACUAUGAGGAUCUUAGCAAACUCACCUACUUAUCGCAGGUCUUGAAGGAAUCGCUGCGGCUGUACCCGCCUGUCCCAGGGACGGUACGCUGGCUGGAGAAGGAGCACGUCAUCAACGACGUCAGGAUUCCUGCAAACACAACGCUCGUUUUCAGCACUUACAUAAUGGGAAGGAUGGAAAAGUAUUUCAAGGAUCCACUCACUUUCAAUCCAGACCGAUUUAGCAAAGAUGCACCUAAGCCGUAUUACUGCUAUUUUCCGUUCUCGCUGGGACCCCGAUCCUGCAUCGGGCAGGUGUUUGCACAGAUGGAGGCAAAAGUGGUGAUGGCAAAAUUGCUGCAGAGGUUUGAAUUCCAGCUGGUGCCAGGGCAGAGUUUGAAGCUGUUGGAUUCCGGAACCUUGAGGCCACUAGAUGGAGUGAUGUGUAAAUUAAAGCCCAGGAGCCCUGCAAGAGCCUGCCAGGCGUGACUGCUCGCGAAAGGAGCAUGACGUGGUAGUGGUAGCGUUUCUUCCGAUUUUGAAGAUCUUCAUACUAAUCAAAGGUUAAAUUUUUCAGGCCCCUUUAGAGGAUUAUUAGACUGCAAUUUUUCCUAGGCUUCCUCAUCAUUUACAGCAGAAAACCUUAGGAGAGUCA